CGGACCUUUUUGCUGAGUAGAUCGCGAAAAUAUGCUGAAAAUAAUUUUUUUCAUCGCGAAUAUAGCGCUGAUAAAAAGCUGCUUGGCCGUUUCACCAGAGGCAUAUCUGCUAAAAACUAACAGUCUUCCCUCGGACUUAAAUUUUAUGCCCACCCUAGGCAAUGGCCACCUGGGCUACACGGUCUUCGGGGAUUCCAUCUUUAUGAAUGGGGUCUACAAUGGAGCUGGUGGAAAUAGCAAGCGAGCUCGGAUUCCCAACUGGCUCAAUAUUACCACGGAAGUUUGUGAUCGCUUUGGUUGUGCCUCUAAUAGCGAUGUGGGUACCAAAUACGAAAUGGAUCUCAGGGAUGGAUACUUCCGCUCUCUAACAACCUACAAAGAACUAGGGAUAAUAUUGGAGCAAAAAACAUAUCCGCACAAGUUCUAUAACCGGGCUCUGGUAUAUGAAGUAGUAGCUAGAAGAAUUUCAGUCCGGAAUUCAAGAGUUAACUCUCCAAAGUAUCUGAAACUCACCCAAAAUCCCGGUGAAUCCAGCGAUGCCUUUGACUUUGUCGUUGUGAGCAACGGCAGUUCCUCCGACGGAGAUUAUCGAACGCUUCGAGGACGCACAAAGGUACUUGAGCUUGAGAAGUUCCAGCCGGAUCCCCAAGAGAUUUUCAUCCUCUUCAGUGAAUCAUUGGAGGAGCCCCUAAAGCUGCAGUGGCCAACUUGGCAAGAUCAGUUGAACUAUAGCGUUAUAAUGACUAUAGAUCGGGAUGAAAGUGUUGCCCGGAAAGAGCUCCAAGAUGUACUCCAGUUGAGCUCGAAAAACAUAUUUCAAAAACACACUGAAUCCUGGAACAGUUUUUGGGACAAUGAAUUCUCCAUUGAAAUAAGAGGAGAUGCUCUGGAACUUUCGCAAAUCGUAAAUGCUGGCAUAUUUUAUAUGGUGAGCUCGCUUCCUUCACUCGAAACCAACCAGAAGAACGAACCCUUCUAUGGAUUGAGUCCCACUGGCUUGGGCCGUGGCAAUCUGGAGGCGGACUACCAGGGGCACAACUUCUGGGACACCGAGAUUUGGAUGCUCCCGGUGGUCAGCAUGUUCAACACAGAGUAUGGAAAACAGGUGCUGGACUAUCGCAAAAGAAAAUUGGAGGCAGCUAAAUACCAUGCUAAUGAAACCGGAUACAAGGGAGCCAGAUUUCCUUGGGAGAGUGCCUUCACUGGAACAGAGGUGACCAAUCCCUGCUGUCCCGAAGUGUCGCAACAGGAGAUUCACAUUUCCCCCGACAUUGUGUUUGCCCUGCAAAAGUUUUACGCCCAAACGUUGGAUGAUGAAUGGGCUUGUGAGACAGCUUGGCCCAUAUCCUUUGAGGUCGCUGAAUUCCUGAUGAGUCGAGCCUCAUGCGAUGACUCUUUGAUGGUGUGCCACCUACUUAACGUAAUGGGUCCCGAUGAGGAUCACCCCGAUGUGAAUGAUAACGUUUACACAAAUGCCGUAUCUAAAAUCGCACUGAACUUUACCGAGUGGUUGGGUAAAAUGUGCGGUAACAACAACACUGAACUCUUGGAAAAGUGGCGCAAUCUGAGCGAUCGUUUGGUGAUUCUGCGGGACGAAAGCCUGGACUAUCAUCCCCAACAUGAAGGAUAUGUCCUCAACACCACAGUCAAGCAAGCGGACACCAUUCUACUCGGAUAUCCGUUGUUAUUCGAUACAGGCUCCACCCAUCUAAAUGACCUUCGGUUUUAUGCUAACGUGACCCGAGAAUCUGGUCCUGCAAUGACCUGGUCCAUGUUUGCCGCCAAUUACAUGCGUAGCAUAGACCACGAGGUGGCCAAUGAGUUCUUCGAGCGUGGAUACAAGAGCUACGUUCGACCCGAGUUCAAGGUGUGGAGUGAAACCCCAGUUGGCUACGAGGGAUCGGCGAACUUCCUCACUGGCAUCGGUGGCUUCCUGCAGGCCCUGAUAUCUGGCUACGGUGGCCUCAACUUUGGCAGGACUCGCGAUCAAUUUAUGAUGAUAAUAGGCCUCACUUUCACGCCCCCGAAUGUGGAUGAGGUUUACAUCAAUUCAAUAAUAUAUGGGGACGCCAGGUGUAGCUUGACAUUCAAAAAUCGGUCAUCUGAAAUUCACUGUUUUGACAGGAUUGGUAAGGGUUUCCAGAUGACCCAAGGGCAGGAGAAAACCCUGCUUGGCAAGUCCUUUAACCUGACCCACAAGAGUGGAGAUCCCCCAAUUCAAAUCAGUGUCUUAAGAUAAAUCCAAAGUGUAUUUGAAUAAAUAUGAAGAGUAUUACAUA